GGCACUGAGUCUAACGUUAGUGCACGAUGCUGAAAUUGGUGAUCUGGUGGCUGAGGCAGGUAUCCGAGAAGCAGCGGUCGCUGGAGCAGCAACGUUACUGGCAUUGGUGCUAGCGUGAGGUUUAUGUGCCUUUGCGAGGAAGCGUGAGAACAAAGUGAGCAGCUGCACCUUUACCAAAGCAACCACCUGCGUUACUCAUCUCCUCUGGAAUGGACAAUGGAACGAUCUCUGGCUUUAUCAUGAUCAAAAACUUCUUCCUCUUCUGCGUUUCCAUGAGUUUAGCCAGCCACUUCGGCUUCUCGCAAACGCCAACAGCACCAGGAAAAGAGGACACCAAUGAUAAUAUUACCAUAUUCACCAGGAUCUUGGAUGGUCUGCUGGAUGGCUAUGACAACCGUCUGCGCCCAGGACUGGGAGAGAGAAUAACACAGGUGAAAACAGACAUCUAUGUUACCAGUUUUGGUCCCGUGUCAGACACAGAGAUGGAAUACACCAUUGAUGUUUUUUUCCGACAAAGCUGGAAAGACGAAAGACUUCGAUUCAAAGGUCCUAUGCAGCGCCUCCCCCUUAACAAUCUGCUGGCCAGCAAGAUUUGGACGCCAGACACUUUCUUCCACAAUGGCAAAAAGUCUAUUGCUCACAACAUGACAACCCCAAACAAACUUCUGCGCCUUGAGGAUGACGGCACUCUGCUGUAUACCAUGAGACUGACCAUCUCUGCUGAGUGUCCCAUGCAACUUGAAGAUUUCCCCAUGGAUGCACACGCUUGCCCGUUAAAAUUUGGAAGCUAUGCUUACCCAAAUUCUGAAGUGAUCUACGUGUGGACUAAUAGCACCACAACGUCUGUGGUGGUGGCAGAAGAUGGUUCACGACUUAACCAGUACCACCUGAUGGGACAGACUGUAGGAACUGAAAACAUCAGCACCAGUACAGGUGAAUAUACUAUUAUGACAGCACAUUUUCAUCUCAAAAGGAAAAUCGGUUAUUUUGUCAUCCAGACAUACCUUCCUUGCAUUAUGACUGUGAUCUUAUCACAAGUGUCGUUUUGGCUGAACAGAGAAUCUGUCCCUGCUCGGACUGUCUUUGGAGUAACAACAGUCCUCACCAUGACCACCUUAAGUAUCAGUGCCCGCAACUCCUUGCCAAAAGUGGCCUAUGCUACUGCAAUGGACUGGUUUAUAGCCGUCUGCUACGCCUUUGUAUUUUCUGCAUUGAUUGAAUUUGCAACAGUCAACUAUUUCACCAAGAGGAGUUGGGCAUGGGAUGGCAAAAAAGCCCAGGAAGCUGCUAAAAUCAAGAAAAAAGAGCGCCAAUUGCUGGGAAAUAAAUCAACAAAUACUUACAGCACUGGGAAGAUGACCCCCGCCCCAAACAUGCCAAAGGACUCAGCCCCAUCUGUCAUCUCAAACACGGCUUCUGCUCCAGCAAAGUCCACAGAAGAAAAACCCGCCGAAAGCAAAAAGACUUACAACAGCAUCAGUAAGAUUGACAAAAUGUCCCGGAUAAUUUUUCCAGUGCUAUUUGGAACUUUUAACUUAGUCUACUGGGCCACAUAUUUGAAUAGGGAGCCUGUCAUUAAAGGUGCCAAUUCUCCAAAAUAAACUGAAGGACUCUAAAGCCACACGUGAGCCAUACUUACAAAGCAGAUGCUACCAAGGAAAAUUUGAGAUCCAGACAACUUUCUACAUUUGGGCAAUAUUCUUCAGGAAGUUUUUUGCAUGUUUAAUAAUAUGUACAAAUAAUAUUGCCUUGAUUGUUUCUACAUGUAACCUCAGAUGUUUCGGAGACGAUUAUAUUACUUACAGCAACAGAUCUUGAUAAAAGAUCAGAAGACAUUGAACAUGGCUUCUUUGCUGCCGAGUAUCUUGCAUUGAUAGUUUACAAAUAAAAUAAGUUAUAUUUUUUAACUGUUCACGUGUACUACAUAUCGUGGUUUUUAUACUUCAGAUGUACAGUCAUACAAAUGUAGGCUUAACCUCUAUUUUACAGAAGAGCUCCACUAUUGUCAUCUGAUAGGUUACUGUGAGUAAUGCCAGUUGUAAAUGUGCCAAAUUAUUAACUGUAGGGCUAUGUUUGAGCACCUUUACUGGUUAUAGGUAGCGUAUUACUCCACAGAUAAAACUGCUCAGCCCAAUUUUCAUUAAUAGAAGUUAAUACAAGGCGAUAAAUCCUAAUGGGGCUAUGCUGAUUUUUCACUGCUUGAGCCUCUAGCUUGCAGUGGAGUAACAUGGAGAGCAAGAUGCUACCUGUGUAAAUAAAGGUGGUGGAAUCUUGCCCUUAAAAAAUAAAAUAAAAUUGGGUUUUGCAUUCCAAGGGAAUUUUCUUGAAUGGUUCUCAGUAUCUAUUCCAAAAAUUAGAGAUAUAUUGCAUGAAAUUUACAUAGAUUAAGAACAUAUUUGUGCAAAUAAAACUUUUGACAAUGGCAGUAGACAUUUUUAUUAAGGUAAAGCAGCUAAUGUUUGGAUGUUUUCCCGAGAAGAUUGUGUUAUAUUAGCAGAGAUAAACAGUAAAGAAUUACAGUAAUUCUGAAAUAAUUAUUACUUGUUUCCCACAGUGAAAACCAAUCAGACAACAUUAAGAGGUGUGAUCAGAAAAAAAAAAAAAAAAAAGUGCGUCAUGACAGCAAGGUAUUUCAGUGACAAUAUUGACAGAAAGGUCUUCGUACUGUCCAUCUGAAAAUUUUCUAUAAAACGCCUUGCUGCUGCCAAUGUGUUUUGCUUUCACAAUGAAUGAGAAAAUGCGAUCUGACUUUUCAGCUCUUUUCUCCUUGGCAUCUUUCUUUGUUCCAGAAGCUUUUGUAAUUUAAUCUUAAUGUUUAAAUAAAAAAUGCAUUCGACA